GAAUGAAAUUCCAAAAUGUACAUAUAUCACAUCAAGAUGAGGACAAGGAGAAGCUACUGCCAAACGAUAAGGAUGUGGAGAAAGCGGAUGAAUCCCCGUCAUCAUCUCGUCCAAGUUUUGUCUUCAAAUGCUAUGUUAUUGCCAGUAUGACAUUCAUUUGGACAGCUUACACAUUAACAAUCAAAUACACAAGGAGUACUGUAAAUCCAGAUAUGAUGUAUUCUUCAACAUCAGUAGUCUUAUGUGCCGAAAUUUUGAAAUUAGUGAUCACAUUUGCAAUGUUCUACAAAGAAUGUAACUUUGAUAGCAGACAAUUUUCCGAGCAAGUCAGUAAAUAUUACAUAAAUGCUCCACGAGAACUUGCCAAAAUGAGUGUCCCAUCGUUUGCGUAUGCUCUUCAGAAUAAUUUGGAUUUUGUGGGAUUGUCGAAUUUGGAUGCGGGACUUUAUCAGGUCACAACUCAAUUGAAAGUCGUCUCUACAGCUUUUUUCAUGAUGCUCUUUCUCGGUCGAAAGUUCUCAACUCGUCGAUGGAUGGCAAUUACACUUCUAAUGUUUGGAGUAGCAUUUGUUCAAAUGAACAAUGUUUCUGCAUCAGAAGCCAAUACAAAACGAGAAACUGCUGAAAAUUAUAUUGUCGGAUUAUCAGCUGUACUGGCAACGUGUGUAACUGCUGGAUUUGCUGGAGUCUAUUUUGAGAAGAUGUUGAAAGAUGGUGGAAGUACACCAUUUUGGAUUCGUAAUAUGCAAAUGUACAGUUGUGGAGUGAUCAGUGCUUCAAUCGCUUGUCUCACGGAUUUUUCGCGGAUCUCCGAUAAGGGAUUUUUCUUCGGUUACACGGACAAAGUAUGGGCAGUUGUGAUUCUUCUUGGCGUUGGAGGCCUCUACAUUUCUCUUGUGAUGCGAUAUCUUGAUAAUCUGUACAAAUCAAUGGCUUCAGCAGUCUCUAUCAUUCUAGUUGUUGUUCUUUCGAUGCUCAUAUUUCCAGAUAUUUUCAUUGGAAUGUAUUUUGUACUUGGAACCAUUUGUGUUGUUCUUGCUGUUCUUUUGUAUAACUCUGUUAACGAGUAGGAUUCACAAUUUGCUUCUUUUUUUCAGUUUUAGAAAAACCAUCAUUUUUUGAUUACACAUUCUUCCGGGUUACUUGAUUUUUCUGUGUAUUAGCCAAAAGCUUUAAUUGUAUAAACUUAAUGCUUGGAUUUCUUUGUAUUUUUGGGGUUUUAUUCUAUUGCAUUUUUUGUGUUUUUUUGGAUCGUGGUUUUAUGUUAUAAACUUCCUCGAUUCUCGAUGGCAAAUAAAAAGCAUUCAUAUUUU